AUGGGAAUUGAAAAUAUGCGUCGUUGGCCUAUGUACAUCGUGUUUGCUGUGUGUAUUUUAUUGUUCCUUUCACUGUUGAGUAGUUGGAAUGUGGAAACUGAUUUGCGAAACAGGGUUUCAGAGAUAAGCAUACAGCUCCAAGAAUGUUCCAAACAACAGACAUCUUGUAUGGAGGAAUCCUUAACGUUACUCGAGCAACGAGAUGGAUAUGUGGUAAAAGUUAACGAUUUAGAUAAACAAAAAAGAAAAUUUGUUGAUGAAAUCAACGAGUACAAAAGUAAACUUUCAAACUCUGAGGCACAAGUAAAUCACACGAAAGUAGACGUUGAGCUAUGUAAAGCUGAAUUGCAGUCCUUAAAAAACUUACAGGUGAGUAAAACUGCAAUAGUUGAGACACUUAGGUUAGAGAAGGAUACUUUGACAACUCAAUUGGCUGAACGCAAGCAAAAAAUUGAAGAAUUAGAGAAAGAAAUUGAAAAAUUGAAAACAGCAUUAACUACAAAAAGUGUACCUAAUCCGUCUUCUCAACUAAAAGUUACUCCAGCAGCUCAACCACCUAAGAUGAGUGCUGCUCUUAGUGCUAAAGACCCUAUCAAUGAACCUGUAUUAGAAAAUGAUGCUAAAGAAGAACUAGAGGAUCCCAAUGCUUUAAAUGAUGGCAAUGACUUUGACCAACAGUUGAAAUAG